AUGCUUGAUUUCUGCCUUGGUCUCUUUUGCCCGGGCCCCGGAAGAAGACAAAAAAGAGAAAGAUAUAUCAAUCCCGCAUCGCUCGCUUUAUCAAGACCUCGUCGUCGAUAUCCCCUUCCAACACCUGUCUAUCCUCUUCCUGCACCUACACUUCCUCCUCCGGAACAGAACUACGAACAACUUCGUCCCAUCAGUCCCAUAUACUAUCCAGAGCUGCAGUGGGAACUUGAACCCGAGCCUGAACUUCUUCACCCUCAGGUGUUUCAACGAGUUCCUUUUGACCCGGACUUGAGACGUAGAUUAGAGCCUGCAACUCAGCAAAUUCAUUUUGUGGAGCCAGAGCCGGAAGUGUAUUUACCUCUUCCUCGUCCCAGAUCACCGCCAAGACAACACAUACAUUUUGUCCAACAGCUUCCACCACCAUACAUUCCUUUGCCUCCACCUCCUCCUACGAUUCACAAUAUUCACGUAUUACCUCCUCCUGCCAUUCUUCUUCCACCGAGGAAACCUUCUCCACCACAAACCCAUAUCCACCUUCUUGGUCCUGCUCCUCCUCCUCAAAUUAAUACACCACCAGCUCAAACACUCGCUCUGGUUCCGCUCCCAAAAGCUAAAAGGAAAAUGAAUUUUCCCAACCAUCCUCAUCAACAUCCCCAUCCUCACCAUCACCUCAAUCACAAUCACAAUCACAACCACAACCAUCGACACCGCUCUCCUUCUUCCUCCCCUUCUCGUUCUCCUUCCCCACUCUCCCAUGCACACCACCCCCCUCAUAAUCACGCCAACAAUCAACAAAAUAACCCAAACAAUCUGAAUAACAUCCCUCUAGCGGAUCUCAUUCGCGAUGUUUUACAUCGCUAUUUGCAAAUAAAUUUGCCACCUGGAACAGCGAUUAGUAUAGCGAGAUUAAUGUCUAACAGUCGAAAUCCUAAUCCUAAUUUGAGCGUUCAAGCGAACGCUGGAACUAGUAGAAAUCGCUCGCGAAGUCGGUCACAAAGUAGGGGUCAUGGGAGAGGAAGAAGAGGCGGAAAUAAUAACAACGGGAAUGGAGCAGCGAAUGGGAAUGCAGUUGGUAGUGGCAGAAAGGGAAACGGAGGAACUAGACAAGCAAUUAUGAGUUCGGACUCGAGUUCGGAUUCGAGUGAUUCACCAACACAGAAGAGCAAAACUGCCUUGUUAGAAGAGAUUAGACGAGUCAAUAUGUGCGCCCAGGUUGCAAAUGGUAUCAUCAGACCAUCUAUGCUCAACGCUGAGGUUCACCCUAAACUAGACGCUAAAGGGAAACAUCCGAAAUAUUUUCAACGUCCUUUGAAAGUUAAGGACUUUUUGGCUAUGGAUACAAAAACCCUAGACGCCCUCCUCACCACCUACGAUCUCCCAGUAGGAACGAGUCACAGCUCUGCUGAUACAACAAUGCUUGCCAUUUUCGUGUCUCAUCUCCAAAAGACUAAAUCCCAUGGAACCAGGAAUUCCCCCUGCGACUGCAGAGUCUGCACGCCCAUUCGCGAAGAGCAAAAAGAGGAGAAGAGAAAAGUGCUUUUCGAAUAUCUCUGUGUGGGUGCUCUGCACGGUGGGUCGAGCGCUGGAAAUUUGUUAGCUCAGGCUCCUGUUCAAGGUCAUGGUCAAGCUCCAAACCAAGCACGAGCACAAGCACAAUCAGCUCGAGCAGGAGGCGCAUUACUAGCCGCGAAUGCAGGAGGUGGAAGUAGACAUGGAGGAGGUGGUGGUAAUCAUGCCGCAAACGCAAACGCGAACGCGAAUGUAAACGCAGCAGGUUAUCUCAUUGUGCCGCAACCGGGCCAUGCGAUACAAGUGCAGAAUGUGCAGGGAGCAGUGCCGAAUCGGUUGAAUAAUAAUAAUAUUGGGCUUGCGCAGCCGAGUCAGCAUGCGGGUCAUUCGCAUCACCAGUCACAGCAUUUGAGUGGUGGGAAUGGGAAUGGUGGAAUAUUGAGAACGCAUACUUGAGGUUGAGAUUCAAGAUUUCAAACUUUUAUUUAUAUUUUUUAUUUUUUAUUUUUAUUCAUUCUUG